AUGGACAAGUACCACAUCUUCAACGAGAUCGGCGCCGGCAAGAACUCCCAGGUCUUCAAGGGAAGGCAGAAGAAGACCGUGACCUACGUCGCGGUCAAGCGCGUCGCCAAGGACCAGAUGAGUAAAGUCGUCAACGAGGUCCAGAUGAUGCACGCCCUUAGACAUCCCCACGCUUUGAAGUUUUUUGAUUGGUACGAGACGCGGAACAACCUGUGGUUGAUUCUGGAGUACUGUUCGGGCGGUGAUUUGAAGAGUCUGUUGAGAGUUGAUAGACAAUUACCUGUUCCAGCGGUGACAUUAUUUGGUGGUGAUCUGUUAGCUGGUCUGCAGUACCUGCACCACCACGGCGUGUUAUACUGUGAUUUGCGACCAAGCAAUGUGUUGGUGGAUGACCACGGCGUUUUGAAGUUGGCCGGCUUCGGCUUAGCUCGACGAAUCCCGACGGCCACGAACAAGGCCAAAGCGCCCAAAAAUAGAGGCACGCCCUACUACAUGUCCCCCGAGCUCUUCGUGAAGGACGGCGUCCACUCGUACCAGUCGGAUUUGUGGUCCCUGGGAUGUGUCCUCUACGAACUCGCGUCGGGCCGCGCGCCCUUCGAGGCGGCUGCUUUGCCUGAUUUAAUAAGGAAGAUCUCGAGCACGGAGCCGGACUUUGACGAGUCUAUUUUCCUGGCGACGGAAAGUGACCCGGAGCCGUCUUCAACAAUACAAAAGUUCUCCGACGCCGUCAGGCUCUUCCUGGCCAAGGCGCCUUUACAAAGGCCGAGCUGGGACGACGUCCGAACGGGCUACUUCCGGGAUGUGGUCCCGAGGCCGCCGGACCGGCCGCUGCCGCCCCAGCCCUUGUUUGAUGCGUUAGCUAGAGAUUUAGCUCUAGCGUCUCAUCCGAUGAACGACGAGACGCCGGCGAAGCGCCCGCGCGAGUCCACGGGGUCGUCCACCAAAUCCGACGAUCCUCUCAGAGUUUCGCGGACGUACCGCGACCGCCGCCGCACAAAAACCGAGGACACCGCGGACCAGAUGGAGAUGUCCUUAGGCGACGACGGCGCGACGGCCGCCUCGCCGCCGACGGAGAAGGGCGCCUGGUACGAGAGCGGCCUCGUGCCCUCGACCGAGGUAGACGGCAAUUUACUAGAGUGCCCCGCCGACGGCCAGGUCAAGCCCAUCGUCGGCAGCGCCCUCGCGGCGCAGCGCGAGGUCUGCGACGAAGCGAGCCUGCCCUUCGCGGCCGAGUCCCAGACAAGGCUGGCCGAGGUCGAGCACGACGCCCUCGAGAAGCACCUCGUGCUGGCCUACAAGGCCCUCGUGCAUGAUGAUGAUGCGAGUCAUCGAAGGAACAUCGUGGCCUACCUCGCGGCGCGCUGCGAGGUCUCGCACGUCGCAAACGUCGUGGUCAACUCGUCGUUCGUGACGCUCCUGUUGAAGCUCGCGCGGCGGCGCGACGGCGACGCGUCUUUACGAAGACAGCUCCUCGUCCUGCUCGGGCUCUUGGUGCGGCACGCGACGUACGUCGUGCCGGACGCCGCGGACGACGCGGCGCUCGCGCCGACGUUGGCGCGGGUCGCGACGGACGCGGACGCGGACCCGGCGACGCGGUGCCUGGCCCUGGCGGCUUUAGGUGAGUUGCUCUUCUACGUCGCGACGCAGGACGACGACGACGAGGACAGUUUGGAGCAGAGCGACGCGUGGCGCGUCGACCCCGCGCACGCGCGCUGCGUCGUCGACCAUAUCAAUCACGACCACGCGGAGCUCGCGGCCUACGCCUGCCGCACGCUAGAGAACGUGCUCGCCCAGGCGUCGGCGAAGCGCGCGGCGCCCUUCCUCGCGCGGCCCGAGGCCGUCGCGGCGGCGCUCGCGCGGCGCGUUUCAAAUGAACCGACGCCGCUCGCGCGGGCGGCCCUCGGCGCCCUCGCGCAGUUGUUAAGGGCGCUGCGGCGCUUCGGGCUCGCGGCGCCGGCCGCCGUGCGCCAGGCCUGCGCGGGCCUCGGCGGCGCGCCCGCCGUCGCGGCGGCCUGCGCCGACGCGCUGCGGCACUCCGACGACGCGCGCUGGCAGCUCGCUCAUUUAAAUGUUGCGAACUCCGUCCUCGCGUCGGACGGCGGCCUGGCGUGCGCCGAAGCUUCGGGUCUGGCGCCGGCGCUCGCGCGGGCCCUGGCCGGCGGCCGCGGCCUCUCGGCGCACGCGCGGGCGAAAUGCGCCGCGGCGCUCGCGCGCAUCUGCCAGCUCGCGCCGGGCGCCGCCGCGGCGACGGAGCACGGGCGCGACGGCGGCCUCGUGGCGGCGCUGGAGCGCGUGGCCUCGCGAGACGCGCACGAGCUGCGCGCCGACUCGCACUUGGAAAAGUGCGUGCGCGCGCUUGCCGUGGGCGUCGCGGCGGCCGCGGUCCAGAGCGUCAAGGCCUGCGCCGCGGACGCCCUGCCCCUCGCGGCGCGCGCCGCGGCCUCGCCGCUGCUCAAAGGGGCCGUCGUCUCGGCGGCCUUUCUUGGGGAUGUGGGGCGAGCGGUCGCGCGGUGCGUCGACGGGAACGACAGUGCCCUCAUCGCCGGCAUGCCGGCCGUGCUCGACGCGCUCGUGGCGCGCGACGGCGCCGUGCUCGUGCCGUUCGCCGACGCCUGCGCCGCGCCGCCACGCGGGCUUUUCGUCGUCGCGCUCGAGGCGCUCGCGACCUUCUCGCAGAUCGGGUUGGACGACGAUGCGCGCGCGGACCUGGCCCGGGCCUGCGCCCAGCUCGUGCGCCACACGCUCCCCGCGUGCCGCCGGUCGCCGGCCGUGCAAGCCGUCCUCGCGGACCAUCUCCCGCGCGCGGCGACGGCGCUCCUCCAGGGCGGCGCGCCGGAGGCGGAGGCGCUCCUGCGUUGUCUCAUCGAGGUGAUGUGGGUCCCUUCCCAGGGCCACGAAGCCCUCGUGGAGGAGCUCCGGCGCGUCGCGCCGGCGACGACGCUCGGGGGGGUCGCGGCGCAGCUGCUCGCCGGGCGGUAA